CCCCAAGGAGACACCAUGGUGGAGAAGGGGUCAGAUCAUUCUUCUGACAAGUCUCCUUCCACGCCAGAGCAAGGCGUGCAGCGAAGCUGUUCCUCUCAAUCUGGUCGUGGUGGCACCAAGAAUUCUAAGAAAAGCCAGAGUUGGUACAAUGUGUUGAGUCCAACCUACAAACAACGGAAUGAAGACUUCAGGAAACUUUUCAAGCAGCUUCCCGAAACAGAGCGCCUCAUUGUUGAUUACUCCUGUGCACUUCAAAGAGAUAUUCUCUUGCAAGGUCGGCUCUACCUCUCUGAAAACUGGAUAUGUUUCUACAGCAACAUCUUCCGCUGGGAAACCUUGUUGACCGUCCGUUUGAAGGACAUCUGCACCAUGACCAAGGAAAAAACUGCACGGCUCAUUCCUAACGCUAUCCAAGUUUGCACAGACACUGAAAAGCACUUUUUCACUUCCUUUGGUGCCCGGGAUAGGACGUAUAUGAUGAUGUUUCGCCUUUGGCAGAAUGCCCUCCUUGAAAAGCCCUUAUGUCCGAAGGAGCUCUGGCAUUUCGUACAUCAGUGUUACGGCAAUGAACUGGGGUUGACGAGCGAUGAUGAAGACUAUGUUCCUCCCGAUGAAGAUUUCAACACCAUGGGUUACUGUGAGGAGAUCCCAGUGGAAGAAAAUGAAGUCAAUGACAGCUCCUCCAAAAGUAGCUCGGACGUCAAAGCUGAAGUGAGCCCUCAGCUUCCCAAGAAGUCGGUUACCAACAGUAGCAUGUUGACCCCUUCAUCAAACAAUGAAGCUCCGAUCCCGGUAGGGGAGGUCCAGGCCUUUUACGAAGAUCUGAACGGGCGACAGUAUAUGAAUGAAGUCUUCAACUUUAGCGUGGAUAAGCUCUAUGAUCUGCUGUUCACAAACUCUCAGUUCCUAAGGGAUUUCAUGGAGCAACGACGGUUUUCUGAUGUUGUUUUUCAUCCAUGGAAAAAGGAAGAAACUGGCAAUCAAAGCAGAGUUAUUCUCUACACCAUCACACUCACCAACCCCCUAGCUCCAAAAACUGCCACCGUUACUGAAACUCAGACAAUGUACAAAGCAAGCCAAGAAAGUGAGUGCUAUGUUAUAGAUGCUGAGGUGCUAACUCAUGACGUUCCCUACCACGAUUAUUUCUACACAAUUAAUCGUUACACAUUGACGCGUGUUGCCAAGAACAAAUGUCGACUCAGGGUUUCUACAGAGCUACGUUACAGAAAACAGCCAUGGGGACUAGUGAAAUCCUUCAUUGAGAAGAACUUUUGGAGUGGUCUUGAUGACUAUUUUCGCCACUUAGAGAGUGAAUUGACCAAGACCGAGAGUUCAUAUCUAGCAGAACUUCACAGGCAGUCACCCAAAGAGAAGGCGAACAAACAAUCCUCAGUCCGGCGGAGGAAACGACCCCAUACACACUUGAGGGGUCCUCAUCUGGAGGAAGUACUGAGCCCUGUUACCACUCCCACAGAUGAGGAAGUUGUAGGUCGAAUCAAGCGUGUGGCAGGUUCCACUCAAACACGGCAUAUCCCUGAAGAGAGUCCCAGCAGCUUCCACUUGCAGAAUGUCUCCAAAUUGCUGCUUGUUAUUAGUUGUGUGAUUUGCUUCAGUUUGGUGCUUUUGGUCAUCCUGAAUAUGUUGCUGUUCUACAAGCUGUGGAUGUUGGAAUACACAACUCAAACCUUGACCGCAUGGCAGGGGCUACGUUUACAGGAAAGGUUGCCCCAAUCUCAGACUGAGUGGGCCCAGUUGUUAGAGUCCCAGCAGAAAUAUCAUGACACAGAGCUCCAAAAAUGGCGAGAGAUCAUCAAAUCAUCAGUGGUUCUCUUAGAUCAGAUGAAGGAUUCCCUCAUCAACCUUCAGAAAGGCAUCGGCUCUCGUGAAUAUCGGUCUGAGUCAGAUGAGAAACGGAAACGGUUCUACUAG